AUGCGUGUCUCUCCCCUUCUCCUCCUGGGCCUUGGCCUGGGAGUCAUUAGUCAGACGACUACAAGUACUGAGUCGAGCACCUCGUCUUCCUCGGUCAGCUCGACUAGCUCGUCAGCAUCUAGCUCCAGCUCUGCCGAAAGUUCGUCCACCUCAUCUUCUGCCAGCUCAUCCAGCUUGUCUUCUGCCAGCUCAUCUUCGUCUUCCCAGUCCAGCUCUGCUAGCUCGUCUUCUGACAGCUCAAGCUCCGCUAGCUCCACCUCCAGUGCCCCAACUUCCUCAGUCACUAUCAGCACCAGCACCAGCGCCAGUUCCGCCAGCUCGUCAUCUAGCAGCUCAAGCCCCACCAGUUCAUCCUCUGCUAGCUCAUCUUCUAUUAGCAGCUCCUCUGCUUCUGAAAGCUCUAGCUCUACUGCUAGCUCUUCUGUCAGCUCUUCUGCCAGCAGCUCCUCUACUUCUGAAAGCUCUAGCUCUACCGCCAGCUCUACUGUCAGCUCUUCUGUCAGCAGCUCCUCUGCUUCUGAAAGCUCUGGCUCUUCUGAACAGGCUACAAGCUCUGGACUGACCAGCUCUGUCUCUGUCUCUGUCUCUAGCUCUACUACCACUGUUUCCUCAUCUACUACUACAGAUACCUCUGCUCAAGUUAGUGACUCUACUACUGAGUCUAGCUCUACUGAGGUUAGUAGCUCUGCUGAAGGAACUGGCUCUGCUGUUACCACAACCUCUGCUGAGGAGACUAGCUCUGCUGAAAUCACUACCUCUGCUGAGGAGACUAGCUCUGCUGAAAUCACUACCUCUGCUGAGGAGACUAGCUCUGCUGAAAUCACUACCUCUGCUGAGGAGACUAGCUCUGCUGAAAUCACUACCUCUGCUGAGGAGACUAGCUCUGCUGAAAUCACUACCUCUGCUGGGAGACUAGCUCUGCUGAGGAAGGAGACUAGCUCUGCUGAGGAGACUACCUCUGCUGACAUCACUACCUCUGCCGAGGAGACUACCUCUGCCGAGGAGACUGCCUUUACCACUACUGAGCCUAGCUCUACUGAGGAUACCGGCUCUGUUACCACCACUGAGUCUGCUACUUCCACUGCCACUCCCAUCGCCUCUCAGUCCGUCUCCUUUGAGGGUGCUUCUUAUGGUGCUGGUUCUUCUCCCGAGACCAACUCCGAUGGCCAGGUCGUUGCUGUUAAGAUGGUCGCUGGCGCCAACGGCCAGGCUGAGUUCAGUGUCUCCACCGAUGCCAAUGCCACUCCCGCUGGUGACUCUACCGUUGUCACCUUCUCUUACACUGUCAGUGCCUUUGCCAAGCGCAUGCGCAUAAUGAAGCGUGCCUUCGAGGGUUGCACACUUACCAUCACUGUUGAUGGAAACGAGGUUUACUCUGGACCUGUUGAGGCUGGUGCCGGUACUUACAGCAAGAGCUCUCAGCCUUUCGCUCUUGAGCAGAACCCCAACAUCAAGUUCGUCCAGACUUGCGGCACUGACCCCGUGAACCUGACUGUCAAGAAGAUUGGGCUGGUGACAUUCGCUGGUGUUGCUACUACUAGUGUUGAGUCUGGUUCGGCUACCGAGACUGGCUCUGCUACCGAGACUGAGACUGGCUCUGCCACUGAGACUGGCUCUGCUACUGAGUCUGAGACUGCUACUGAGACUGAGACUGGCUCUGCUACUGAG